ACAAUGGCCAAACUAGCAAUAGUAGAUUUAUCCAAUGAAGACUGCUUCAAGCCUGGGACAAGUUCUUGGCUCUCAAUACGCAAAGACAUUUGCCAUGCACUCGAGGAUCUUGGCUGCUUCGUGGCAAUAUUACCCGACAAAAUUUCUUCGGAGCUUCGUAGUGCCCACUUCGGUAUGUUGGACGAGUUGUUUGAUUUCCCAACUGAAACCAAAGUGAAAAGUUCUUAUGAAAAGCCUUAUCCCACUGGUUACCAAAGAGUUGAGGGCGCGGCUUACGAAAGCUUGGGGAUUGCUGGUGCUACAAAUCCUGAACAAACUCAGAUAUUUGAACAUCAUUUUUGGCCCAAUGGAAAUGAUGUAUUUCAUGAGACUGCUGAUUUGUAUAUAAAAGUGAUGGAAGAACUACAUCAUGCUGUCACGAGAAUGGUGUUUGAAAACUAUGGUGUAGAGGAGUACCUUGAUGAUCACCUUCAAUCGACAAUUCACACAUGCCGAUUUAGCAAAUACAGUGAGCCAGCUGAGAAAACUGGAACUGAUAUGAGUAUCCUCCGUGGUAUCCACGGUCAUACAGACACAAACUUUACCACCAUACUCUAUCAAAAUGAUGUCAAAGGUCUAGAAAUAAAGUCAAGGGACGAUGAGUGGAUAGGUUUUGAUCCUCUGCCUUCGUCCUUCAUAUUUCUAGCAGGUGAUGGAGUUCAGGUUUGGAGCAACGAUAGAAUACGAGCUUGUAGACAUCGAGUGACCUGGAGUGAGAAUGAUGUACGAUACUCGGGCGGAUUAUUUUCAUUCAGGGUAGGAGAAACACAUACACCAAAGGAGCUUAUAGACGAGGACCACCCCUUACAGUACAAGCCAUUGAAUACGUCGGUAUAUACUGAAUAUAGGAAGAAAAAUUACGCCAGCAUUGGACCUGACUAUACCGUCAAGGCAUAUUGUGGCGUUUGA